CUAAUCAAUAGCCUCUCUCGUCUGCCGCCAGAAAUCAUCUUCCCAGCUUUUCAGCUAUUCGAAUUGAAAGUAAUUUUUUUCUCUUCCAUUGGAAACAUGCCUCAUUACGACGAAGGAGAAUCGUCCAGCAGCGAAAUUACGACGAAGGAGAAUCGUCCAGCAGCGAAAGUACAACACCAGAGGAGGUAAAAGUUACUGAAUGGCUAAUUUUAGGGGCAAAUUUACAGGAAUUGAGCUUAGAGUUAGCUGAUUUCACGAGUAAAUGCUCUCAAGUCACGCCAAUUCUUUCGUGCAUGCAAACUAAGCCAGGUGCAUUUCAGCUGGAUGUAUCCAGUACACUUCUAUUGAUUUAAGUGCUUAAGUUUUUUCGAUCUUAUCCAGGUAAGAAUGGUUAAUUUUGAUUGAGACUAUAAUCCACAAGACCUGAAAUUUACGCAGCUAAAAAAAGCUUUGACAGGCCAAGGAGCUAAGAAAGUCUUUGUUUCUAUCAAAACUUCCAUACGCGCAUAUUUGCCUUAUAUAACAUUAGUAACAGAAACUUUUGUCGUGUUGCCAUAAUCAAUUAAAAAAAAAAUUUUCCCUUAUUUUUUUAUUUCAAUCAUUUUUUGGAAAAGUUUAAAUUGAUGCAAAGCAGAUCAAUAAAAUAUCUGAGGAAAGGUAUGAAAUGCUUUAGUUUAGUUAAUUAAUAAAAGUUUGUAAAAUUUCUUGUUAAUUUUCUUUUAUCUGAGGAGUUGUGAAAUAGGAAAUGAUCAACUUGGCUUUCUUCAAGUAAAAGAGAAUAGUCAUGGUAACAAUGUUAUGGUAUUAAUUAGAUAUUCAGGAUCUCUAAUUGUCUUUUUGUGGUUUUUAGAAAAGAGACAAGGCCACAAGGUUCAAUUACCUGCUGAAACCAACAGAGAUCUUCUGCUCAUUUCAUGAACACAAUGAGAUCAAAGAAACAGUCAACAAGUCCAUUGGAAAUGAAGGCACCUCAGUUUCCAAGCAGAUCAAGGAAGUUGUCUGACUGUGGGGAGUAAGUAUUUGAUUGAAAAUGGGCUAUAUGAAACAUGCUACUCCUUUUCACAACAGAUUUGCAGGGCUUGUAAAUAAUUUUGAAAGUUGAAGAAUCUUAAGAUAACUGGUAUAUAACUGAAAACUUUCUAGCUAACACUAGCUUGAAUGAGUUCUAAGGGACUGAACUCCUCUCAACUGCAGAGUUUGGGAAGAGUUUAUCUCAAUUUGAAAAUUAUUUAAUAUUUUAGUCAUAGUCAUCGGUAUCGAUGCAUAGAGCAAGAAGAAGGUGAAAAACUGAUCAGCCAAAAUGAACACUCGCAGAUAUCUGAGAUUCAAUUUCAUCAGAAUCCACACUGUGAGUGAAAUUCUCUUGAUAGAUAAGGAGACAUAACAUAUUUUUUUGGUUACAAAGAGCACUCAGGCAAUUGCCAUAUCAUGUUCAGGUGUACUUUAACACAAUUUAAACUAGAACAAAAAACUUGCUUGUAUUUGUUUAAGAACACGAGCAAAAAAAAAUCACACAUAAGUGUGAGUAAAUCAGCAACAAGUUCAAAGACUGAAUAGAAGCAUAAAAGUAAAAGGGUUUUUUCAGAGCCACUCUGGUUCUUUUACUCCCAAGAUCUCAUUAGUAAUUCUCUUUACCGUCUACCAAAUGAUUCUCAUUAUGUUAGCUCGGAGAAUUUGGUAUUGGAUCAUUGGGUAACUCCAUUAUUGAUAUUUUUCUUUAUUCUCAUCACUUGCCUGCAUGAUAUUUUAUAGAUAUAGUCAGGAGAAAUUCUGUCUUGGUCACUCACGGGAGUUAAAAUGCUAUUACUAACAUGUUUUGUCUCUAGAAGUCCUGUGCUGUGAAAUGUUGCAGUAAUUAACUCAAAGGCUUUGUAUUUUCUGGUAGACAUCAAGAAUCUUAACUGGCUUAUCUCACUGUUUGAGAAUGGAAUCAAUGGAAUUUUGGCUGAUGAGAUUGUGAGAAAAUUGUUAACAUCACUUUUUUUUCUGAGUGUCCUGAGUUCCCAUGAGGAAUUUGUUAGGACAAUCUGUGAUGGAUAAUAUUUUGCCUUUCUUCUUGCUAACAAAAAAAUGCAAAAUAAGCUCUUGGGCUAAUUCAUCAGCAGGCUUUAAAGACAUUAACUAAUUUUUUUUUAUUGUAACAGGGUCUUGGUAAGACUUUGCAGACCAUUUCCUUGCUUGGGUACAUGAAGCAUUUCAGAGAAAUGGCAAGUCCUCUUCUUGUUAUUUUGCCAAAGUCCACAUAA